AUUGGUGAACUGUCUUUUCAUUGAGAGGAGCAUUUCACUCGAAUAAAUGGUCGAAAGGCCGGGAGAACGUCGGUGCUAGUAACACAUACGUACAUGCUGCGGGGCGUAGUGGAAGCAAAGCAGCGGACAAAGUCGUCUACCACCUGAGUUCACUCGGAAGGUUUAGUUGUGUGUCGCCCCGCCGCUUGCGAGGAUCCCAAGACGUGAACUUUGCGUUUCUAUGAAACUCACGCGGUACCGCCGGACGUGCACGAAUCGAUGGAGGAUCAUCGCUAUUUCGAGGCCUCUUUGGAAUAACCAAAAUUCGAUCGUAAACUCGCUAAUUUGAGACAGUCCGAUAUCGGUGGAGUGAUCUCGUUGAAUCAAUGUACCAGAAGAGAAACAAGAGUUAUGAUGAUAGGAUGGCGAGGUGUAAAAAUAAUAUUGUGCACUUACGUCGUCGUUUCGCUGUGCGUUUGGCUGACGAUAGACGCGAAUCGAGUUUCGAAGAUUUUCGAUGAUAGCGAGCCGGUUCGGGGGACUUUCGACUACACGUGGAACAGCUCAAACGCCCUGGCACGAUCUGCACUGUUUGAACGUCAAGAGAGGCUGCAGUACAAUUGUGAAAUUUCUAGCGCGCGUCAUUAUCCCAAGCGCACACUCGUUCCUGACGACUUUCGCAAUCUUAUCGUCGAUGAGAAACACGAGUUGUUAUACUGUUACGUGCCAAAGGUCGCCUGCACCAAUUGGAAGAGAGUUCUGAUGAUAGUUACGGGAAAGUGGGCGGGAAACGACCCUCUGGAAAUACCAGCGGAUUUGGCGCACUCUUCCGAGACUUUUCAGCGACUGAGUAACUUCACGAUGCCUCAGAUCGAGCAAAAAUUAGCUAAUUACGACGCACUCAUCGUCGUUCGACACCCGCUCGAAAGAUUGCUUUCGGCUUACCGGAACAAGCUCGAAACGAAAAAUGAGAAGAGUCCAAAGUACUUCCAAACACGUUUUGGCCGACGAAUAAUCAAGAAAUACAGACCGAACGCCACGAGAGAAUCCUUGUCGAAAGGCGACGACGUUACGUUUCGGGAAUUCGUCGAUUUUAUAACGAGCGACGACACGCAAAAUAGUCGCAACGAGCACUGGACGCCGAUCCACGAGUUGUGUCUGCCCUGCAUCGUCAAUUACAAUCUCGUAAGCAAGUACGAGAGUCUCGCUGAAGACGCUACCGAAGUCCUUGAGAGAAUAGGCUCGAAACCAGUGAUAUUCCCUACCAGGCCCCAGAGCAGCGAACCAACUUCCAAGAAACUCGAGACCUACUAUUCGACGUUGAAUUUCAAACAACUGAGAAAACUCGCCGAAUAUUACAAGCUUGAUUUACGACUCUUCGAUUAUUCCCUGGAAGACGUUCUUGGAUUCUCGUUAGCCUGAUCCCCCUUCCAAUCAUAUCUGUGAUAAUUUUUCAGGAGCCUACUUAUCUUUACUUAUCUUUACACUUACCAAUUGUUCACGAGGGUUUUUGACGAACGCUCGUUAAACGCCAUAUCGACCAACGUACCUUUGUGACAUGAGCAUAAUGACAAAUCGGUUGAUUCAUAAGUAUUUAAAGAAACUUAGCUAUUAGGAAACAUAUUUCUCUAAUAAAAAAAAGCAAUUAAGA